CGCGUCAAUACGUUGCUUCUAGGAGCGUUUAAAACGCACGGCCACCCUCUUGGUUUUACGCAUGAGAGUUUCCCGCUGCUACAGGAAGGUUGUUGCUGCCAGCAAGAGUUUUUUCCCCCUACAUUCUGAGCUUCAACCCAGUCAGACAGUCGCGUCAUGCUGGAUACGUUUGGGACACAGAGCGCCGCUGUGACCGCACCGAGUGCGGAGCUCCAGCUCAGUCUGCCGGACAAGAAGGUCAGCCUGACACCGGCGGGGAUGGGGCUGAACAGCGGGAAGAAACUCCUGGAGAAAACUGGACCUGCACUUUCCAAAAGGAGACUUCUGGUCGGAUUAGAUCUCCUCUGUCUCUUUCUCGCAUCCAUUCCUUUCUUUGCAUGUGAGCUGAAGGCAGUGAGCCCCUACAAAAGGGGCUUCAUAUGUGGAGACCCCAGCAUCACCUACCCUUAUUUACCCAAUGAAGCCAUAUCAGAUGAGCUUCUUAUCGCAGGAGGAAUCAUCAUCACGGGCCUUGCAAUUGCGCUUGGGGAGUGUUACCGGGUGCGUUUCCAAAGCGUUAGCUCCAAGUCUUUUGUGAGGAACCUGUAUGUCUCCUGCCUGUACAAGGAGCUGGGCUCCUUCCUGUUCGGCUGCUGCAUCGGUCAGUCGCUCACCAACAUGGCCAAGCUCAGCGUGGGCCGGCUGCGGCCUCACUUCCUGUCUGCGUGUGGCGUCACCUAUGCAUCACUCAACUGCACACCUGGAACCUACGUGGCAACAGUGACUUGUCCCAACGCUGACCCCCAAUUAGAGGAAGAGGCCAGGAAGUCCUUCUUCUCUGGCCAUGCUUCUUUUGCCAUGUACACGCUGCUCUACUUAGCGUUUUACCUGCAGGCCCGGCUGACGUGGCGAGGGGCUCGGCUGCUGAGGCCUCUGCUGCAGUUCUUCCUGGUCCUCCUGGCGGUCUACACGGGUCUGACCCGCAUCUCGGACUACAGGCACCACCCGUCCGACGUGCUAACAGGAUACAUACAGGGAGCACUCACUGCUUACUGGGUGGCCUUCUACGUCUCACCAAUGUUUAAACGCUUUACCUCAGACCUGUCUGCAGCUCAGACACCGGAUAGCCCCCUGUCUCCCCUCCAUACUGUCUGCUAAAACCCGGGCAGCCCUGAAGAUCUGCAGAAUGUUUGGCAAUUUCCUCUGAAAUCAAGAGACAUACCUCGGAGAGCAGAAACGACUGUCUGAGACAAUCUCUGCAGCUCAUAAGCAAGAAGAAUAACACACGAUUGAGAGGAAGGAAGGGAGAGAGACUAAAAACUGUCUGUUAUGGAAACAGCCGAGCACUCUACCUUUUUGUCCUUGUGACUGAGCGCACUCCACUUACCUGUGAGACUGAAAGCAGAAACCACCAUAACAAUGCACCACUUGUGUAUAUAUAAAUAUUUUUUAAAAGCACAAACGAUAACGUCAAAGCACUUUUCACUCACCUGUUAGUUGUAUUAUCACUCAGCAAUGAAUAGAAUGUAAUAUAUAUUUUUUAUAAACAUGAAGCAUUCUGUAUUAUUUAACAGUUUUUUAAUAAUAUUUUUCGAAUGUAAGCACUCAUUUUCUUUAUGUGUUAUGUCAAAGGUUGUUGUAAGAUUCAUCCUUCUAUGUGUAUUUGUUGUGCCAUAGUGAAGAAAAUGACUACCUGGCUUCCUAACAGAAUGUAGCGCACAGAAAGUCAUUAAAUGUCAUUAUUGUUGUACGUAUGUUUCAGUCUGACAGCCAGUGUUGUUAGAAAUAAAAUAUUUUAUAAAUA